AUGGCAGAAGACGAUCAACGCCUUGCAUCUAUUCAAAAUGAGUAUCUCAACUUCCUGGACGAUGAAGAAGACCAGGGCACAUAUAUGGCGCAUGUGCGUAAAAUGAUCAACGAUAAAAGCAAACGCUUGGUAGUGAACAUCAACGAUAUUCGUCGUAAAAACCCUGAACGAGCGUUGGCUCUGCUGAACAGCGCCUUCGAUGAGCAGCUGGCUUUCUCACGCGCACUGAAGGACUACGUCUCCUCUCUCGAUCUUAGCUACGCCAAGACGCAGGAAGAUUUUCAUGUAGCAUUUGAGGGAAGCUUUGGCAACAAGCACGUAACGCCGCGAUCGUUGACUUCUCGCUUUCUGGGCAAUCUCGUCUGUGUGGAGGGUAUCGUGACGAAGGUAUCGCUCAUACGGCCCAAAGUGGUAAAGAGUGUGCACUACUGUCCGGCCACGAAAAAGGUGAUGGAACGCCGUUAUACGGAUCUUACCUCGUUUGAAGCCGUACCAACGAGCGCAGUCUAUCCGACCAAGGAUGACGAUGGCAACCUACUGGAGACGGAGUUUGGACUGUCGGUGUACAAAGACCACCAGACGCUUAGCAUUCAGGAGAUGCCCGAAAAAGCCCCUGCCGGUCAGCUGCCUCGCUCGGUAGAUGUGGUGUGCGACGAUGAUUUGGUCGAUCGCUGUAAGCCGGGCGAUCGUGUUCAGAUAGUGGGUAAUUAUCGCUGUCUGCCGGGUAAGCAGGGUGGAUACACAACGGGUACCUUCCGAACCGUGCUGAUUGCGAACAAUAUUUCGCAGCUGAACAAAGAAAGCACCCUGAGCGUCACGCGCGAGGAGAUCAACAUGUGCAAGAAGCUGGCGAAAAAUAAUGACAUUUUUGAUCUGCUUUCCAAGAGCCUGGCGCCAUCAAUUCAUGGGCAUGAGUACGUUAAGAAGGCCAUUCUGUGCCUAUUGUUGGGAGGCAUUGAAAAGAAUCUGGCCAACGGAACGCGUCUUCGUGGUGACGUGAAUGUUUUGCUAAUUGGAGAUCCAAGUGUCGCCAAGUCGCAGCUCCUGCGUUAUGUGCUAAAUACAGCUCCACGUGCGAUCACAACCACUGGUCGUGGAUCGAGUGGUGUCGGUUUAACUGCGGCCGUAACAACCGACCAGGAAACGGGAGAACGUCGCCUUGAAGCGGGUGCUAUGGUUUUGGCCGAUCGUGGCGUGGUUUGCAUCGACGAAUUCGACAAGAUGAGUGACAUCGAUCGAACGGCAAUCCACGAGGUAAUGGAGCAGGGGCGUGUGACUAUUUCUAAAGCCGGCAUACAUGCGUCACUAAACGCCAGAUGUUCCGUUCUCGCUGCUGCUAAUCCUGUCUAUGGGCGAUAUGAUCAGUACAAGACGCCGAUGGAAAACAUUGGUCUGCAGGAUUCCCUUCUCUCUCGAUUUGAUCUGCUGUUCGUUAUGUUGGACGUUAUCGACAGUGAUCAUGAUCGUAUGAUAUCAGAUCACGUGGUGCGUAUGCAUCGCUAUCGCAAUCCGAAGGAACAGGACGGUGAUGUGCUUCCGAUGGGCGUUAGUGCCGUUGAUAUGUUAUCAACCAUCAAUCCCGAAUCGGCAGAAGAUAAAGAAACACCCAUGUACGAGAAAUACGAUCCACUGCUGCAUGGCGCGUCUCGCAAGCGCAGCGAUCAGAUUUUGUCCAUGGAAUUCAUGCGUAAAUACAUUCAUAUCGCCAAAUGUCUAAAGCCGAAGCUGACUGAAACAGCAUGCGAGAUGAUCUCGAACGAGUACUCUCGUCUGCGGUCGCAGGAUCUAGUCGACUCGGAUGUCGCUCGGACUCAACCAGUAACGGCGCGUACUCUUGAAACGCUGAUUCGUCUAUCCACGGCCCAUGCUAAGGCACGCAUGUCGCGCUCGGUUGCCGAACAAGAUGCCCAGGCAGCGAUCGAGUUGAUACAGUUCGCUUACUUUAAGAAAGUGUUGGAAAAGGAAAAGAAAAAGCGUCGCCGGGCGGAAGCUGACGAUUCGCAAGAUGAGGCAGAAGAGGACGAGGAAGAGAUUCAGGAGGAACCGAGAUCGCAGGGUACGCGUCGGUCCAAGCGAACCCGUACAGAACAUCCUGUAGACGGUGAUGAUUCCGACCACGAGGAUCUAUUAACUUCUCCACCGGAUCGAGGCGACUUGACACGACGAACUACGAUCGGAGCCAGCGAUGGUUUGGCCGCCGCCAUGGAUACAGAGGGUGAAUCAGGCGAGGGUAGUGUGGCAGCAAUCAGCGAGGGACGUCUGAAAUUAUUCCGCCAGGGUGUGUUUAUGGCGUUCAAACAUUUCCACGAUCAAUCGGCAUCGCUCGCUAGACUGACCAAGCACAUCAACGAGAAUAGUGGAGAUGAGGCAUUUACUCCAGGUGAAAUAACGGCUGCCGUGAAUCAGAUGACCGAAAGUAACAGCAUAAUGGUACACGAUGAUAUGGUAUUCCUCAUUUAA